CUGCACCUGGCGGCCGGUCCUCAGCGCCCGGCCCUGAAACGGGUCCAGCCGGUAGUGAGCGGCGGCGGCGACUGUGAGGCCCGGGCCGGGGAGGAGGAGGAGCCGCAGCGGGAGAGAAGGUCGCGCCCGCGGGAGCGCUGGGCCCUCCGCCUCCGUCCUCCGUGGCCCCACCCGGUCCGCAUCCCUCGCCUCGCCUCGCCGCGCCCCGCCCAGCCCGUCGCAGCCCCGGAGGAGCGCGCGAGCAGCCCGGGAUGGUGCGCGCUGCCCCGACAGCCGCCGCCCCGGGGCCCCGAGCCGCCGCCCCGUGCUCCGGGGACAGGGCUCCCCGCGCCCCGCGCAGCUGAGCGCUGCCGCCGCCGCAGCAGACAGGAUCUCUCUCAGUUACCCAGGCCGGAGUGCAGUGGCGUGAUCCUAGCUCACUGCAGCCUUGAACCCCUGGGCUCAAGUGAUUCUCCUGCCUUGGCCUCCUGAAUAGCUAGAACUACAGAUCAACAGUACAAAUUCCGAAGUUUGUAAACUUGCUGAUGGUGGUGGUAAGCCAUGGCAGAUGAUAAAGUUGCUAUCUUAACGGAUGAUGAAGAGGAACAGAAGAGAAAGUAUGUGCUUGCAGAUCCCUUUAAUGGUAUUUCCAGGGAACCAGAACCACCUUCGAAUGAAACACCUUCCUCCACAGAAACAUCUGCUAUUCCUGAGGAGGAAAUAGACUGGAUAGAGAAACAUUGUGUUAAGAUAAACAACGAUCUUCUAAUUUCCAAGGUCUUUUAUUUUUUCUUUUACUCUGCCUAUGGCUCUCUCUAUCCCCUUUUGCCUGUGUAUUACAAACAGCUGGGAAUGUCUCCAAGCCAGAGUGGACUACUAGUAGGUAUUCGUUACUUCAUUGAAUUCUGCAGUGCCCCCUUUUGGGGUGUAGUUGCAGACCGCUUUAAAAAAGGCAAAAUUGUCCUCCUCUUUUCUCUUUUGUGUUGGGUUUUAUUCAACCUGGGCAUUGGAUUUGUCAAACCUGCUACCUUGAGAUGUGUACCAAAGAUUCCCCCAACAACUCACCCCACCAAUGCAAGUCACCAGUUAACUAUCCUGCCAACAAAUUCUUCCUUUACCUCUUUCCUCACCAUAUCACCAAAAAUGCGUGAGAAAAGAAACCUUUUGGAAACAGGGCUCAAUGUCUCAGACACCGUUACUUUGCCAACAGCUCCAAACAUGAACAGUGAACCCACUCUGCAGCCCCAGACAGGUGAAAUUACUAACCGUAUGAUGGACUUGACUUUGAACUCAAGCACAGCAACCCCUGUCUCCCCAGGAAGUGUAACCAAGGAGACAACCACUGUUAUUGUUACCACCACCAAAUCUUUACCUUCUGACCAAGUCAUGCUUGUUUAUGAUCAACAAGAAGUUGAAGCUAUAUUCUUGGUGAUCUUGGUAGUUGUCAUAAUAGGAGAAUUUUUCAGUGCCUCUUCUGUCACAAUCGUAGACACAGUCACACUCCAGUAUCUGGGAAAACACAGAGAUCGCUAUGGGUUGCAGCGCAUGUGGGGCUCCCUGGGCUGGGGCCUGGCGAUGCUGUCUGUGGGCAUCGGGAUCGACUACACCCACAUUGAAGUGCUCAUCGAUGGAAAGGGGUGUAAGUCCCCCGAGUACAGGAAUUACCAGAUCGUCUUCAUCGUCUUCGGCGUUCUCAUGACCAUGGCCUUGAUCGUUGCCACUCAGUUCCGGUUCCACUACAACCAUUUCAAAAACGAUGAUUCUAAAGGGAAAGAGGUGGAGAUCCCGCAGGUGGAAAGGAACAACUCUACAGAGUCCUCUGAGGAGACACCAACCACCACAAGCCACUCGCAGGCCUUCAACUUUUGGGACUUAAUCAAGCUGCUCUGCAGCGUGCAGUAUGGCUCAGUGCUGUUUGUGGCUUGGUUCAUGGGUUUUGGAUAUGGCUUCGUGUUCACCUUUCUCUACUGGCAUUUGGAAGACCUCAAUGGAACUACAACCCUCUUUGGGGUCUGUUCAGUCCUGAGUCAUGUGUCUGAGCUGACAGCAUAUUUUUUUAGUCACAAGCUUAUUGAAUUGAUUGGCCACAUCAGGGUUCUGUACAUUGGCCUGGCCUGCAAUACGGCUCGCUAUAUUUAUAUUUCCUACCUGGAGAAUGCCUGGACUGUUCUCCCCAUGGAAGUUCUUCAAGGAGUGACACACGCGGCCAUCUGGGCAGCAUGCAUUUCUUACCUCAGUGCAGCCGUUCCCCCUGAGCUGAGGACAUCUGCUCAGGGCAUCCUGCAGGGCCUUCACCUGGGUUUGGGAAGAGGAUGUGGUGCCAUGAUCGGAGGCGUGUUAGUCAAUUAUUUUGGGGCUGCUGCAACCUUCCGAGGAAUUGGCAUGGCCUGCUUGGUGAUCCUACUGCUCUUUGCCCUGAUCCAGUGGCUGGCAGUGCCAGAUGAGGAAGAAGACAAGACAAUGUUGGCAGAAAGAAUUCCUGUUCCCUCCAGUCCCGUUCCUAUAGCAACCAUCGACUUGGUACAGCAACAGACAGAAGAUGUCAUGCCACGCAUUGAGCCCAGACUUCCACCCAAGAAAACUAAGCACCAGGAAGAACAGGAAGAUGUGAACAAACCAGCCUGGGGAGUCAGCUCUUCUCCCUGGGUGACCUUUGUCUAUGCACUCUACCAAAUUAAAGAGAUGAUGCAACUCACAAGAGACAACCGUGCUUCUGAGAUACAGCCUUUACAGUUGCACAUAGGAAAGGAGAUGAAAGGGGACCAAUGAGAAUAGGGAAAAUUCUCCUGCUGGUAGAGCCCAGCCUGUCCCAUGUGAGACUCACUCUGACCCAUCUAGAAACCAGCCAUCCCCUGACGCAGCAGCAUCUCAGACGCAGACCAGCCCCGCUCACCCCAGUGUGGACCCGUGCACAGACGAGAGUGAAGAGCAGCAGGCUCAGCUGGCCGCGGGAGGACACUGAGGGCAUCCUGCUCAUCUCACACCCUGCAUGGAAUCAGGCUCCUCAGCCAGGACACAGGGUGAGGCCCCCCAGCCAGGAAAUGCCUCCCCUGGAGGAGCACAGCACUGCAUAUGCUUCUAAAUAUCUAAACUCAUUAACAUGGAAACACACACACAGGAGCUACAGUACAUAUUGGCAGGAAAAGGUAAACUUUCGUAAUCUCAUUGGAAUUACAACAGGGAAAUGGAGUUCAAUGAGGACUUUCAGUUCUUUGCUUGGUUAGGUUAAGGAUGAUAGAAUUUCUCUGCCAGUGCAGUAAGAGUUGAAACCGGCAGUUACACUAAGUAAGGGGAGGGAAUGAAAGUGUUUCGAGAUGAAUGUGGAUAUAAUUUCCCUCUUCUGAUUAUUUAUUCUUAUUUGGUUCCUAACACAAACUGGGAAGAGAUAGAAUUCAUCUAUACUUUCUUUUUUCUUGGAGAGAACCGUUUAAAAAAUUACAAGAUAUAUUUAAAAAGUAACCAGAUAAAAGUAGCACAUGUGCUUUUGUUUAAAAUAAAGUUAAAAGUUAAAGUUAAAAAAUGAAGUUAAAAGUUUCAUCAGAAACUUUACAUAUCUUUAGCAAAUAUAUUUUUAUAUGUGUAUGGUAUAUAAUGGAAAUAAUUCUUUGAGCAACAGAAGCUAUUAUUAACUACUGCAAGCUAAGCCGAGCUUAAAAAUGUCUUUUGUUUUAAAUGGGCUUUGAGAAAAAAAACAGAAACAAGCGAUUAUUUCAAAUCAACCAACCAACUCAGUAUCCUGUGUUUUGAUAGACAAGAGUUUCCUAAAUAUAUUGAUACUGUAAAUAGCCUCUCUCGCUAUUUACUAUCUUAUAGUAAUUCAGGCUCUAAUUAGCUGAGGGAAUGAAACACACAAAAAUCACUGAAUUCCUAAGAGUUCCUUAAAUAAGCAGUACUAGUUACAAAUCACAGUAUAAGAUUUAAGUGCCUGGGGGAAGGAUACAAUUUUUAGAAAUUACAUAUUGGGUCAGUUUUGUUUUGUUUUUGGUGAGGAAAAGGUGGUAAAUAGGAAACCAUGAAUGGGAAGGAUGGCAAUAAGUAGCAACUAUACUUUCCAAUGACUAAAGAAAGAAAAUCUCAGUAUAUUCGUUCUCAUGAAGACACAGUCAGACACUGGACAAUGUAAUGUAUGCAACUGCAAACGUUACAACUGCAGCCAGAACAAUGGCUGGGUGGAUCGCACGUAAAGCUUGCCACUAAAAAUCAAAGCAGAGGUUAACAGGAAACCUGGGGGGAGUGUGGAAAAGGGAACACUGUUUUAGCUGAAUAAAGGUGAAUUAUAUAAUUUAUAAUAGCUGUGGAUGAGCACAGGAGAGAGAGGAAAGAAAAGAACAGUCGAAAUGAGCAACUCACCUUACCCUCUGACCCUGAUUAGACAGGAUCAAUUGUAAAGUGAGGGCUUCUCCAUGACACCAUAGUUCUGCCCAGUACUGCAUUUGGGAUAAGAAAUUCUACACUUGGAUGUCUCGCUUCACCAUAAAACACAGCUUAAAAAUAAAAUAACUGAAAGAAAUAGAAUUCAGCAAAUAGUUAUUUUUUGCACUUGAACUGAAACGUACUGUACUGUAAAUUAUGACUCAUUUUAAGUGACCUUUAAAAUCAGAUAUAUUUAUUAUGCUUGUGUAAUUAUAGAAAUAAAGAAAUGGGUGACAGGCUUAACCUCACCUAUGAAUGUACAGUAUGUGGAUUUGUGAAACUGUAGGAAGUCAAAAACUUAUACUGUAUCUUGUGUUUACAGUUCUGAUUUAUUCCUUUGAAAAGCCUGCUGUUUUGGAAAUGCACAGUUGACAUGUUGAAAUAAAAAUAAAUACCAUUUUUAAAUGUUUCUUAAAUGAUAAAGAUGUGACCAAACAAAAGUCCUAUACUCUAAUGAAUGAGACCAAAUUCAACAUGCCUUUGUUAUGGAACAUUUACUGUGACAGCAGAAUCGAUAAUGCAGUCAUUUCCAGCCUUGUGAGCUGACACCUUCAUGCGUUUGUGGACUUUGUGACUUUUCCUUCCUGUCCCCAAAGUGCCAUAUGCUACCUUAAAAAAUAUUAAAGUGAAUUCAAAUUACAUUUUGAUUUGAGAUUUUGUAACCCCUCUUGAGAUCCCUCAACACACGCAGGGGUGUCACAGAGCCCAGGCUGGUAAUCACUGCCUUAAUGACUUACUUCCUACUCUUUCUCCUAUGGUUGUAGAAACAGUAAAUUACCGAGUGCUGAGCUUGUGUGGAUCCAAAGUGGUUAACUGCUAAUUAUUAAACUAUUCCUCAAGUCUUAGGAAUAGAUUAUAAUACAUACAUUGUCCAGCAGGCAGUAAACCUCAUGAAAAGUGUUAAGGAAUUCACAGGAAGAGCAACCCUGCUUUACUGGCUUAUUAAUCCUGCCAUGGGUCACAUGAAGUGGAUAGCUGGCUAAUAGCUUCCCUCUAAUUGGCAAUUCCUUCCAGUACUGCUGAGGUACUGAGACCAUUACUUAGGCAAUAUUCCUCUCUGCCAAUUUGGAGUUCAGCAGGGAAUCUAGGAAAAGGGAACCACAUCCGUGGAUAUUGGGUGCUUGUAGUGUGCUGAUGAGAUUAUCAUUUUGCCCUUAACAAAAACUGGAGGUGUUCCUAUCACUAUCCCCAUUUUAAACAAGACAAUUCUGAAGCUAACAGUUUAAGUUAUGAGAUCAAGGUCACAAAGCCAGGAUUCAAACUCAAAUCUUCCUAAUGUCAAAGCCCUGGUCCGCUUAGCACCUUACCCCACCCCAGGAGGCAGGGAGGCCAUUCCCUGCAUCUGUUAUGGCAGAGGAAGCCAUAAAGCGGCCCAGCCUGAACCAUUACCAUACAUGCCUGAUAUGUGUAUGUGUGUGGUUGUAUUUCCAUUUAGGAUUUCUAGAUAUUCCUAGAUUCCUAGAAAUCCUUCAAAUUCCUGAUGCUUUGUGAAAUGUAGGUACACCAGACCCUUUACACUCUGCAGGUGAGUUGGCUGGACUGAUAACUCUGCACAGGAAACCCAGAGGUUGGUAGGGACUCUGGCCAGGGCCAUGGAAAUCAGGAAGGGAAAGCAGACACACCCACAGCUCUGUAUCCAAGGCAGUGGCAUCGUAGGAUAGCACUGUCCGGUAGGACUUACUGGGAAGAUGGGAAGUUCUCUAUUUACACUGUCCAGGAUGGUAACCAUAAGCCAUAUGUGGCUAUUAAACAACUGACAUGUGGCUAAUUUUCUAGGGAAUUAGGUUUCUAAUUUUAAAUAGCCACACGUGGCUCAAGGCUACCAUAUUGGACAGCAUGGGUAUACAGGAAGAGAUCCUUUCGGGAGAUCUCUGGGCCUGUUUCCUCAGCUUCAGUGUGAGAGGUUAGAGCUUAAGGUUAUGUUAAUUCUAUGAAAAUGAAGGUAUGCUUUGACAGUGACUGUAGGGAAGAAAGAGGUGAUUUUCCAUUUGGAAGUUCUUCAGCCCUUUGGAGCAUGGAGACAAGACAAAGGCUACUUCUGAAGCCCCAAACCACUCCUGGGCUUGUUUAGCAAAGCCUUGAGAAUAUCUGGCUUAAGAAUUCCAAACCAUGGGGCAAUUGGGAGAGAGGCUGGUGCCUAGGUGGGGACAGAAAAGGGGUGAAAGGGGGAGUGGUUUGUCAGAUCUCAGAAAGUAAUUUACACUAUGCCAGGACAAACUGUGGCUUCUUAUAAGGGAGUAACUGGAAACUUGCUGAUGUCUAACAUGGGGGGGGAAGUGAGCCAGUCCGGCUAAGUGCCAGUCCAGCUGUGUACCUAACUCUCAACCAGCUGCCAUCUGCUUCAAGCAGCUAAUAUAGGACCACUUGUCCCCCACUGUGGCUCCAGGAAAGUCCCAGUUUUUAGAUGGCAACCCAAGGACCUUACAAUGUUGGGGUUAGGAGUGUGUGCCCUGGAAUCACACUGUUUGCAUUUGAGUCCCAGCUCUGCCAGUGAGAACUUACACACACAUAGAACAUCUCUGGGCCUCAGGACCCACCUCUGUAAAACGGAAGUGAUUACAGUAGGUAUGUAACAGGUUGAUGUUUAAAAUGAGUUAUCUGACAUACAGUGUGUGCUCCAUAAAUACUGCCAUUGUUGUGCAGCAAAGAGCUCGGGGCAGGAGGAGCGCUGUCUCAUUUCCCCAACCAGGGUCUAGUUCUAUUAUUUUAUUGCCAUUUAAAUCUAUAAUCAUAUUCCAUUCUCCCAAUCUACAGUGCCAUACUAUACAUAUUUACCUAUAUCUAGUAAGCUGUACAGUAAGGCAUUCAAUUCCAACACGCAUUGUAAACAUUAAGUGGUUGGGGAUAUGAGUUAGUUAAGAGAUAAAAUUAAGCAAAACUUAAGUUGAAGAGGAUGGAAAAAAGUGAUGACGAUGACAAUUCCAUAAAGUGCAAAAGUCUGCUGAGAGAGGUUAUAAGUUCCAUAAUUUUCAUUUUUCUUUCUUUUUCUUCUUAAAGGUGUCAACAAAAGUAAACAAUUUUAUAAUCAUUUAACAAAUUAUAUACCAUACUCUCUCCAAUAGUCAGCGUAGGAUGCUAUUCUUUUAAAUUGUAAACUUACAUUUGAAAAGUCGGAUUUUUUUUGUUUCCUGAAAAGAUCACUGGCAUCUUAGAAAAAUAACAUGUAGACCAGUGCUACUCAAAGUGUGCUCAAUGACUGGUGCUGUCAAACUACUGCUGGUAUGUGACAACAUAGAAAUUAGACAUUUCGAAAUAUGUACGGCAAGUUGACAUUGUCAUGACAUGAUCAUUGUGCUUAUAUUCUGUAUGUCUUUUCUUUCAAAGAUUAUUUCAUUUUUCUAAUAAUUUAGUGUAUCUUACAAAAGUAUUACUAGUGAUGAACUAGAGGGAAACUGGUCCAUCACCCCAGACAGUCUGAGAAGCACUGACAAGAGCCGCAGACUACAGUGUCCAUUGCUGCGGGGCACAAAUGACUGGUAUGUGUAUAACAUCAGCAGAUGUAGUCACCUCUUGAAUGCCUUAUCCAUGGGGUCAUUUCCUUAACUUUCUUAAAAAGAUGGUAAUAAAUAAAGGAAGUAGAAUAUGAGCCCUGGAAGCAGACAUAUGGGGGCUUGAAUUCUGAUUCUACCACUUUAGCUAUAUGUGUCCUUCAGCAACUUUCUCCUACCUUCUCUGGGUCUUUCCUCAUCUGUAAAAUGAAAAUACCAAAACAUAUCACAGAGUGGUCAUGAGGUGCAAAUUAAGAGGUAUCAAAGGUGCCUCAUAUAGUGCCUGAUGGAUCUCUAGUCAAUGUUGGUAUUCUUUCCCUUUCUCUUUUCAAUCAGUCUUUUUUGGAAAAACGACCAAAUCUAAAAAAACAGAUGCCUCAAAUUAUUUAAAUAAUAGAGAAGCUACCCACUAACUGUAUCUUCCAAGAUUUAUAUUAGAUAAGUAUAGUAUUCAUUUCAAAUCUCUGGUGACCUAUUAAGGUUUCACAUUCAGGGAUCAUAACAAAAAAAAAUACAGUUACCUUUAAAAGAUAAUCCAACUCCUAGGCCAGAGAAAGACUAAAGAUUUUAACACAUCUGAGUAAAAAUAUGCCCAUCAGAGGGGGUGGGAUGUUUGUCAAUAAUGAAGAUUAGAAAAACAGCAGUCACAGAGAGGAAAAAGUUGGCAGGACCUGCAUAAAGGAAGGGGUGGUCUUUGUCAACAGACCUGGUAUCUCAUCCCAUUAACAAGGCUAGCCCCACUGGGGUGGGGGGUGGCAUCUGCAUCAAACUCUUUGGCCUCAUGACAUUAACCAUGUGAAUUAUAUAACAAGCUCCCUUUGUUUUGUUUCAGUUCACCAAGUAGCCAGCUUAUUAUAAUUUGACCCCUUGUAAAUCUGUCUUCUGAGAGAGAAUCUGCUGGUCAUAUCAAGUCAAGUGUUUUUAUCCUUAUGCUAGUUAUAUUUUUGGUUGUGAAUCACUACCUGUACCAACUAUAUGAAUUGACUAACAAGAGACAGGUCUUAUGGUGCAAUAACAAAAAGCAGGGUUCUAAGUCAAUAAGGCUAACAGUCACACCCAAAUAGUUCACUCUUCAAUGUCAUGCCACCCAGCAGGCUCUCUCAGAAGGCAGCUUGCUCCUGUUGUCACCUAAAAGUACCUCUCUGUCUUCCUGCAGGUGUCUUCAAACUUCCACAUCCAUUAUGUUGUCUAUCUUGCUUUCAGUUGGACAAGAAAAGCUAAUUUAUAAAAUUGUACAUCUCUCACUCUGGGAAACAAUCACACAUAGAAUAAUGUAAGAGAGCAUUUCUUUCGUUGACAUCAUUUCAGGAUCUUAAUUCCUCCGCAUAUUUAGAUAUUUUAAUGUAAUCCAUCAUCUAUUCCAAAACCUCUUAAAAUCUAAAUAUAUGAAAUUUCCAGAUUUUUUUAAAAAGUCAUAAAUUGAAAUAUUGUCCUUCAUGUCAGAUGGACAUUCCCCUGUAAUUCAGCCCUAGGUAUUACUGGCAAACCAUACAACUAAUUCACAAAGCAUUUUUUGUGAUAUGUAAAAUGUGUUUUAAAACCUUUUAAAAAUAACACUUGAAUGAUACGAUUGUUUAAGCAUAGCCACCUACACUAUAUCUCACCCACACAUCUGGUGUCAAAGAGUUCAACUUGCUAACAACAGUAAGCUUUUGUAGGCACCAAGCAUAAGCAGUAAAAUAACAAAGGGAUCUGUUAGGCUCCAUAAUUAUACACCUAUGGUGUGUGAAGCACAAAGCCAACUUCCAACCACCUGUGAAGGGCAGAGCCAUUUUAUUGAGUGGUCGUUUAAACUGUUCAAAGGCCUUUAAAAAGGGAGGAGGAGAGGAGACAGGAGGUGAGGGAGAAAGAGAAGGGAAGGGAGGAAAGAAAGGAGGGAAACAUUUCUUGGAAGAGUUAUCUGUACAUUGCUUGAUGGGGAUUAGAAUUGUGAUCAGUACUAUAAUACACCCCCAAAUCAAAUGAAAACAACAUAAAUACACUAAAAAUAUCACAAGUAAUGCUUCUAAUUGUUUAGCUUCUCACAGUAGUCACAAAGCAGAAACUGACAAACCUAUGAUUUCCUCUAAAAAUAAACAUGGAAAACAAUA